AUGGCUGAUAUUACCAGUGUUUACAGGUGUUACAAAUGGAUUAGCAGUCUUCAAGAUCAUCCAGAUGGCAAAUAUUUGAAGAAUAUAAGUCCACCACAAUUGAAUAAAACCUACAGGAUCUGCAGCUCUCAUUUUUCUUUGAAAAACUACCAAGGAAAUAAACUAUUAAAGGUUGCCAUCCCAGAUCAAAAUAUGUGUGAAGAAGCAUCAGGAAGCUGCACAAUGGGAAAUGAUUCUGGGAGUGAUGGCAACAGCUCAUGGAACACAUUUUACUUUGGAAUACCAUCAGACUUACCAGGCCACUCAUCAGAAGAGGAAAUAAGUGUAACAUCAAACAAUUAUGAAAAGGUUCAACAUCUAUACCUCCUUGUCCAGAAUUCAGACCCUGAUGGAAAUCCUGACCUCCAAACAAAUUCGAGAAAGAGGAAAGGUAAAACUUCAUCAAAAUUUCUUCACGGGUAUAGAACAAGAGUGAAAAGACUUCUCAGGAAAGUAGAUGUGUUAAAGCAAGGUGCACUUUUCAACAAAAAACAAUGUUUUACCAUCAGAGAUUAUCGAUAUGGCAUCAAAAGUAAUGUUUUGCAGUCAUUUAGAAAUGGUCUGUCAGACGUGAGAGUCCUCAGUAUAGUUUUGUGUAAGGAAGUACAAAAAGAUAUUAGAGAUAUUUACAACAAAAUGAAAUUGUAG